UUCCCUCCAGCCAAAAACCAAACGCGCACGAUAGCACGGACCGAGUUUUAAAACAUGAUUAGAUUAGUUAUCGUUUAUCGCAAUUUAGCAGCAGAAAUUAGUGAUACUAAUGACAAUUAACAAAUAGAAAAGCACGGAAGUCACUUUACAGAGGUCUCUCUCGUUAUUCCCUAAUCUCCUUGGUGUUCGAUGCAAAACUGAAGAACUAGCAAACCCUGAGUCUAGAUUUCUGCGAUUGUUGUUUUUGAUCUGGUCGAGGAAAGAGAAUUAUUUGUUGAAUUGUGGGAGAGAGAGAAGAGGAUAUGGUGGGAUGAGGUGGAGGAGAGGGGAGAGGUGGAGAUGGCAAGGGGAGUGAAAUGGGUAUGCCCGUUUUCGUACAAGAGAACAACUCUUAUAGUUUGCUCCAUCAACAUUGCUGUUGCUCUUUACGUUCUUCGCUCUCUAUACAGCUCACUUUAUAUAUACUCCAAUAAUGAUUUAAAUAACGUUGUAAAGUAUACACCGGAUCAGAUUAGUAGGAUGGAAGAAUCAAUUCGGAUACGAAGAGCCAAUGAACCUCUACAGCUUGUUAAAUUGGUUAAGCAACUGAAGGAGGAGCUUAAGAGAGAUGAUAAGUCGGUUGAAUUACCUAUGGAGGUCAGACGGAAGUUAACUGAUGAGAUUUUGCAGCGGUUGAGAAGCUUGAACGCGAAUGCCAAUAUCACUGAGCAGCGAGAAGCUAUUGAAAGCUGGCGCAAAGAAAAAUUGCGUGAAGUCAAAGAGUUGACUGAUGGAACAGGGGGACUGAAUUCAACUAAUCUGCAAGAAGAAGCCAGGAUGAUAGUAAGAGCCUUGGACUCUGAUUGGGCUGUGCUGUUGGAAAAAAUUGGCCUUUGGAUACCUGUUGAAAUCAUUAACCAGGAGCAUGAUGAUAAGCCAGAGGGUGAAGAAGAGUCUGAGGAAGAAAUUUUGCCUGGCAGGCCACUUCCACCUGAAUGCCAUACUGAGCUUCAUACUGAUUAUGGUGGUGCAGCUGUCAGAUGGGGUCUUACCCACCAUAAAGAAAGUGCAGCUGACUGCUGUCAAGCUUGCUUAGAUCAGGCAAAAUAUGCAAAGCCAGGUGAAAUGAAAUGCAAUAUGUGGGUCUAUUGCCCUUCAGAGAUGGGAUGCUAUUCACCAGAUAUCUAUCAGCAUAAAAAUCAGGAGUGCUGGCUGAAAUAUGCUGAAAAGCCAAGAUUGAAUUUUAAGGACAGGUAUUCCGAAUCAUAUAGAAACUCCCACCCAAAUGCACCAUUGAUUGUUCCCUGGGUCUCGGGUGUUGUUAAUGCAUGAUUGUAUUUUACCAACCCAAAUGAUGAUCAAUGUUAAAAAGUAAGUUGAGCUGCAAUCUCUACCUCUGGAAGUUUUGCAAAGAUAUGAUGCUGGCUCUGGUGAUACCUUGAUUAUUCAUUGCUUACAUCUGGAACUGGCGGAUUUUUGACUUUAAUUCAUCUUUUCUUUUCCUUUGAUACGUUGGGUUUUAAGGAAAGAGAAUGGUUGAGGAGUGUGAUUCCUCGUCUAUUUAAUCAUUUUUGUAACAUUCAUUGCGGCGUCCUGGCACUGGUGAUUCUAAAGUUCUGAAAUCUAGUUCCCAGGUGAAUUGACCUCUUUACUGUUAACAUGAAGAACUUUCAUUAUGGAUUAGCCUGAGAAGAUUGAUUGGCCGUAGGAGGGAUGAGAAAAUUGACUCCUUGUAACGGUUGCAAAUUCGUAAGCAAUGAAGAACUAUUGCAUAUUCCUAAA